CGCUGGAUUCGCUCGAUGGAGGCUCCCAGCAAUCUCAAAGUGGUGAAGAUGACGGACGGGCACUUUCUGCGUACCUUGGAGGCGUGCAUCAGGAUCGGCAUACCCGUGUUGAUGGAAGACGUGGGGGAUACGCUAGACCCGGCACUGGAACCUGUGUUGUUGAAACAGACCUUUAUACAGGGUGGCCGGUUGUUGAUUCGGCUGGGAGACAGCGACAUCGACUACGACAAAAACUUCAAGUUCUACAUGACCUCCAAGAUGUCCAACCCUCACUACCUGCCAGAGGUCUGCAUCAAAGUCACCAUCAUCAACUUCACAGUCACCAGGAAAGGACUGGAGGAUCAGAUCCUCAGGUAACAG